AUGGAUGAAAGCCCUGUUGAUACCAUAACUGAAAAAGUGCCCUUGCAAAACAUAGCAGUGGAUGUGCUGAUCCGAGGCUUUCUGAGUGAUGUUACAUGUCAGCUUCAUUACAAAAACCAGGAGACUGUCCCCCUGGAAGUUGAAUUUGUCUUCCCUGUGCAUGCUGAAGCUGCUGUCUAUGCCUUUGAGGGUCUGAUGGAUGGUCAAAAAAUUGAAUCACAACUCAUGAAAAGGGAGGAGGCAAGAACAUUGUAUGACACUGGGUUAAUAAUGGGAAGCAAUGUUGCCCUGCUUGAAAAAGAGCCAAAGAGCAAGGAUAUUUUCAGAUGCAUGCUGGGAAAUCUUCCUCCCAAUGGAGAAGCUACUUUAAAGCUGUGCUAUGUCCAGGCAUUUUCUCCAGAGCCUGAUGGAGCCAUCCGAUUUGGCCUUCCAGUUGUGUUAAAGCCACGGUAUGUGCCUCAAGAAGAGGGCAGCAUUACUCAGAAUGUACCACAAGUACCCAAGGAGCAGCUUCCUUAUACUCUGAGCCUCAACGUCACAUUGGAUUCUCCUUACAGAAUUUCCCAUGUGGAGUCAAAUUGUACUCUCACACCCCUGCAGUACACAACAGAGGAUCACACCAUUGCUUUGAUUUCACUGGUUGGAGAGCAUCAUUUUGAUCGAGAUGUGGAACUACUGAUAUAUUACGAGGAAGAGGUUCAUAAGCCCAGUGCCUUGCUUGAACCUGGGAAACCUGGGGCUGAUCCAGGCUCAUUGAUGGGGGACCCAGUCCUUCUGCUUACCAUGUAUCCCACCGUCCCUUCUCUAAAGUCUGCUUUGAAUGCAGCUGGUGAAUUUGUGUUCUUGGUAGAUUGUUCUGGCAGCAUGUUCAGUAGUUUUGACCAGGAUUCUCCAUCCUGCAUUGAGAAAGCCAAGGAAACCCUGAUCUUUCUUCUGAAGAGUCUCCCUCUUGGAAGCUACUUCAACAUCUAUGCAUUUGGUUCUGACUACUAUUCCUUCUACUCGCAGAGUGUCAGAUAUACUCAGAAAACCAUGUUAGAGUCCCUCAAGCGGGUGAAGGAGGUGACCAACAUGGGAGGCACAGAGAUUCUCCAACCGUUGAAGGCAAUUUACAGUCAGCCAUGCCAGGAAGGAUACAUUUGUCAGCUGUUUGUAUUCACUGAUGGAGCGGUAUCUAACACAAUGGAAGUCAUUAAAGAAGUUCAAAGUCACAUCAAUACCCACAGAUGUUUUUCUUUUGGAAUUGGUGAAGGGGUCUCUACUCUCUUAAUAAAAGGUAUUGCUGAAGCAGGUUGUGGCCAUGCUGAAUUCAUCAAAUGCAGUGAGAAAAUGCAGACCAAAGCCUUACGCUCUAUGAAGCGAGCCUUACAACCAAAACUGAAUGACAUCUGUCUUCAGUGGGAUUUGCCUUCCGGGUUUGAGGCUGUGCUUGUGCGACCUGCCCCACAGGUCAUAUUUGCAGGAGAAUGUUAUCUUAUCUAUGCUCAAAUCAGUGGUCAGCAGCAGGCAAGUGAAUUGGAGGGUUCUGUUGUGCUUCAGUAUAAAUCAGAAUGCCAGAUUUUCAGAGAGAGGAUGGCCUUCUCACUCCAACUUCAGGAGAAUGACAGGUUACCUAUUCACCGGUUGGCAGCUCAGGCCCUUUUGCAAGAUCUGGAGGGAGCAACUUCAAUGAAAAAUCAAAACUUGGCAUUGGAGACAAGCCUAAGCUCUGGAGUGUGGUGUGAUCAGACUGCCUAUGUGUUAAUAAACACAGACCUGGGCAAGCCACUUCAAUCUUCUGUUUACUUCCGAAGGAUUCCUGUUCUCGGCCCAGUGAACUUAUGCAACCGUCUGCGCAUGAACAUUGAUAAGGUCUGUGAGCGGGAUUGCAAAUUAUUCCUGCUGGAAGAAGAACCUUCCAAGUAUGAAAAGAUUAAGACAAGAUUUGUUGAAUUAUCAAAGACGUUUUCUUCUGCAGUAUCUGCCUUCUUUGCCACUAGUACGUCAGGCUGGAGAAAUGAUUUGACUCCGGGAGAUUUUGUUAAUGCUCAGAGUACAACCUUUGAUCAGUUUGAUCAACCAGACAGUGAAUCGCUUCUUUUGAAAGUGGUCUCCUUGCAAAAUGCAGAUGGCUCCUGGAUUUUGGAUGCCUGUUUGCUCAGCCUACUAGGUCUGAAUGAAGCUGAGACUUUGGCAAAGAAACCUCUCCAGGUGGCCCCAGCUGCAUGGGCAACAGUUCUUGUCAUUCUUUGGUUGCAUGUUCAUGCCACAGAGGAGAGGGAUAUCUGGGAGUUAUUGGAAGCAAAAGCCUUGGGAUGGCUCCAUGAGAAUGCAGGUCCUAAACUAGCUCAAUGCAUACAGAUCGGCAAUACUUUUCUGGGAUGCGAUAUCAACCCUGCGGUUUUUAAGCUGUGA